UAUUGCAGCGUACAAGUCUGACUUCAGCAGUGAGCGCAGCACUCGUCUGGAUUAGACUCAUCCAUCACAGAGGGACUUUACAGCGUAUCUACACAGAGGCGCAGACCCCGACACAGGAAAGCAGCAUGGGGAGCAGUAUGUCAUGUGUCCCCCAGCACAACUUCAGAUUCUCCAGCAAGAGUUUCAUACGCAGAAACAGCAGUCGCUUGUUUCGCAAGUAUAAUCCCCAAGAGGGACAGGAGAAGUCCAACAGCAUCAUAAAUAUCCUCUGCACUGUCACCCCGAGGAAGGAAAUGUCCCCUAAAGAUCUGCAGACGAUAGAAAACAUCAAAUGGGAUCCUCCGUUUGCUUACGACCCGAUCAGUGGCUGGAAGAAGAGCAGCAUCAAUGUGAAGAAUUAUGGACGGAUGAUUCACAGCUCCAAAGUUCGUUUCCGCUUCCUCCACUGCCAGGAUAUACACGACUGCUACCUGGAUCUGUUCCAGACACACCUUCAUUUCGUUUCCAACAACACAACCGGACUGACAUACCAGGGGACUCUUCCGUUGAAAGAACUCACUAUCAGCAGCCUGCAGCAGAACUGCAAUCACAGCCAACCCCAGGAAUUCGCCUUUCAAAUAAACGGCGUCAGCUUGAAUCCCAUCAUCGUCUACUUCGCCAACCAAGAAGAAAUGGACAUGUGGUUUGGGCUGCUCAGAGAAAACAUUGAAGCUAAUGGAGGAACUGCAAUGUCACCAGAAAACUACACUAGAGUGAGACUCAACAAGGACAACUCUCUCGAGGGAAGAGAGGAGCUGAGAAAUUCCAUCAACAGAGAUCCCAUCCACGAGUGGGAAGGCUCACAGCGAGACAGCCUGGGCACCAUCAUCUAUGUCACUAAGGUGCGACUGCAGCACCUGCCCUGCCAGGAACAGAAUGACAGGCUGCUGGUGAUGUACCCAUCGACCCUGAUCAUCCUAUCAGAGGAGAACGACGGGCUCUUCUAUAAGGGAAAACUUCCGCUCAACAUGAUUACAGUGACCACGCCCUGUCAAGACGUCAAGCCCAACACCUUCAUGAUUGAAGGCAAGAUGAUCAACCCCAUAGUGGUGUCCUGUCUGGACAGGACCGAGUUCUGCGACUGGAUCCAGCAGUUCAAAGCUGCUGACGUGCCUGUUCUCAGCCCCCCGCCUCCCGUCUAUGACAUCAUCUACACCCCGACGAAGACGGAGGCUCCUCAGUUUGACAGGUGGAGUGGACACAGCCAAGGAAGAAUGGAGUCUGUUAAGUCUAGCCAGCCACCGAGUGGACGAGGAUCCCGAAACCUUCAGUUCCCAAUUCAUGACGAAAACCCUCUCACCCCUGGGUACUCUGAGCCCCGUUGUUACAGUUCCAGCCGUCCUUCUUCGACCGAGACUGCCCAGCUAGGCAGCAGAAGCAAUAGCAUGUCUUCCCACACCAGGCCCGAGCGUGACCUACGACCUUUGUCGGUGCGCUACUCAUCCCCUCAGCACAGCUCCUACCUCCAGCCUGCAGAGAGCUCCAAGCUGUCUCAGCUCUACAGCAUACCCUACUCUGCCCAGAGCCGGGCCAGCCCACAGCGGUUGGAGAAAGCUCCACUUGUCAAGUCUAACAGCUGGAGCACUCCUCAGACAUCCCUGAAGUACUCCCUUGACAUCUCCCAGCGCCACUCGGACAUGUGUGCCCCACGACAACCCUUGUCGCCUCUCUACGAUGAGCCCUGCACCCCCGAAAUCUACUCCUUGGAAGAGGCCAGGCCAGUGCCGCGGCUCUGGCAAGAGCUGAAUCAACAGCAGUACCACCACCAGGAACCCCAGAUGCUGCCCUCCUCCUUCCAGCUCCACGACCCUCCUAUGGGUGGACGCGGCAGGAGAAGCCUGGUCCUGACCAACUCCCAGGCCCACGCUCUGGACCUGGAGAUGGACACACCUGAGAACCAAGCGCAGCAGAGAGCAGAGGCUGUGUCAAGGCUAAAGCUGCUGCCUGUGCCAGGUCAAAUGCAAGAGCAGAUACUUCACCCGUCGAGCUCUGCCAGAAAGCAGCCUCAGAUGCAUUAUGGUUACUCACCAGGUCGCAAUUCAUACCUCGAACCCGCAGAACCAGAUGACCAGGAAGUAGACUAUGACAACAUUUGGGAGUUCGACUGUGAUACAGGAAUGAUCCAGCCAAUGGCUGGAAUUUCAACAGACUGGACAGGAUUAGACUUUGGGGCCAGAGGGCUUGGUGCCAUGGCAACACCACAGAGAUGGUCAUAAAACAAAAAGGAUGGCCCGGCGCUCGUCUGGACGUGUGCAAACAACAGAUCUCUAUCAGGGGGAUAAUAAAAGCCGGCAAGCACAGCAAGCAUCGUGCUGGUCCCACUGUGUACAGUAGGAACCAACAAAUCCCAGGAACUGCUUUGUUAGACGCCGGGCAGUUGAGCAGAGGAAUGACGGGAUGAAGCAAAACGUUAUGGAAGUGGCAAACAAAGGAUUCAGUUGUCUGUUUAAUAUGUAGCAUUUGUGGAAGGAGACAGUAGAGGAUGCUGUAUAUACUGUGUAGCUUGAAUAAUAUUUUCUAAAUCUGCUAUAUGCUGUAAGUGCACUGUCAUUGGUUUUAUCUGUAGUAAACCCAGUUUUUUAAAAUAUUUAUAGGUUUUUCAAACAGGCUGUUCAUUUCAUAUUAUACUGUAAUGUGUAAUGUUAUUGAAGCAUUCCAUCAGGGCUUGUUAUAGUAAAGAAUAUAUGUAUAUUUUUGUAAAUCUUGCACACUUCUUAUUUUAUUGUGCUAUACUGUCAAGGAAAAUAGAUGUGGCUGUAACUGACUAAUAUUGAAUUAAUAAUAAUAAUAAUAAUAUCAAAAGUGCACAGUACUGAUACCUCUGUGGCUUUUUUUUUUUUCAUUUUUGUUUGAGGUGCUUAUUUAUAUUUGGAAAUAAAAGUGUUCAAAGUUUCAGUA